AUGGGUUCGAGGAGGCGUUUGUUGCUGUUUUUAUUGUUGAUUGAGUUGAUAUAUGUAGUGAAGGGAAAUGUAGUUUUCAAAGUUCAGCAUAAAUUCGGUGGCCGCGGGAAGGGGGUGGAAGCCUUGAGGACUGUCAAGGAUCAUGAUUUUGGCCGCCAUGGUCGAAUGCUGGCAGCUGUUGAUUUUCAGUUAGGCGGCAAUGGAAAUCCCACCGAUACCGCGCUCUAUUACACCAAGAUUGCUAUUGGGUCUCCUCCAAAUGACUAUUAUGUACAAGUCGAUACAGGAAGUGACAUUCUCUGGGUGAAUUGUAAAAACUGUGACAGGUGUCCCACAAAAAGCAGCCUUAAUAUACCCUUGAACCAGUAUGACAUAACGGCCUCUUCGACUGGCAAAAAAAUCACGUGCGAUCAAGAGUUUUGCAAUACUGUGUUCACUGGUCCGAAUUCAGAUUGCAAGGUCGGAAUGGCCUGUGAAUAUGCAGUUACUUAUGGAGAUGGGAGUAAAACCGAGGGCUAUUUUGUCAGUGAUUACAUUAGACUCGAUCAAGUGUCGGGAAACCUUCAAACGACGACCAUGAAUGGGUCCAUAUCAUUUGGGUGCUCAGCUAAACAAUCUGGAGAUUUAGAUUCAUCCUCUCAAGCAGCUGAUGGAAUAAUAGGUUUUGGGCAAUCGAACACAUCCGUUCUUUCACAGCUUGCUUUAUCUAAAAAGGUGAAAAAAGUAUUUUCACAUUGCCUCGAUGGAAGAAUUGGAGGUGGCAUAUUUGCUAUUGGUGAAUUGGAGCAGCCAAAAGUAAAUUCAACACCACUGGUUGAAAACGAGGCGCAUUACAAUGUUCUUAUGAAGGCAGUUGAUGUGGACAGUCAAUCUCUAGACCUUCCAACAGAUUUGUUUGGCUUUGAUACCGAUAGAGAUACAAUUAUUGACAGUGGUACAACCUUGGCUUAUCUUCCAUCAAGGCUUUAUAAUCAGAUUAUUGAAAAGAUGAUGGCAAAGCAACCUGAUCUGAAAACUCAUUUGGUCGAGGAUCAGUUCAAAUGCUUUUGGUACAAUGGGAAUGUUGAUGAUGGAUUUCCAGUUGUAACUUUUCAUUUUCAGGGAGAACUUCUUUUGCCGGUUUAUCCUCAUGAUUAUCUGUUCGAAGUUCAUGAUAAUGAGUACUGUAUCAGUUGGCAGAGCGGCAAAAUGCAGUCGCAAGAUGGAAAGGACUUAACUUUGUUAGGAGAUAUUGUACUAUCGAACAAGAUUGUUUUGUAUGACCUCGAAAAUCAGACCAUUGGAUGGACAGAACACAACUGCUCUUCAAACAUCAAGGUGAAAGAUGAAGUAUCAGGGAAUGUUUAUUCCGAUAUGUAA